AUGCGAUGGACUGCAAGCAUGGAAAAGAUUGCCGAUUGGCAUACCCGACGCGCCAUGAAUGUACCAGCAACUGACCCAACACCUCCCUAUAUAUACAUCCAUAUGCGGCACGGUGACUUCAGCCAGCAAUGUGAGGAUUUUCCUGUGGACCAGUGCUUCGCCCCGUUGUUUGUCAUUGCGCGCAGGGUGUCUGAGGCGCAAGAAGAGCUUCGCACACGAGAAGGGAUUGAUGCCACGCAUGUUAUCAUGACGAGCGACGAAAGGGACCCAGAAUGGUUGUCAGAGCGGAUAGAGGAGAUCUAUGGAAAAUGGCAUCCGGUGUUCAUCGAUACUAUCAUUCAGUCGAAUGGAGCUGGCUUCGUUGGCACUCGUGGCUCCACGAUGUCCACACUAGCUGGCCGCAGGGUACAGUCGUGGCAUGACGGAGCGACUCGGCUCGUUAGAUGGGGAUGGCCGGGCUCGGACGACCACUGA